AUGGUUUUGCCAACGGCAGCGCACGUCGUCUUCGUGGGGGGCUUCAGAGCCCCAUGUUCCGGUGCCGCAUCACUAAGGCGGUACAUUGUGACAGCAAACAUAACAGCAGCAGCAGCAACGGCGCCCAAAGCUCCACUCGUGAGAAGCUUCUGCUGCAGCGAAACUGACUUGCAACGCCAUGGAUUGAACCGGAAGGACCUGCUCCUUGCAUCGGGACUUAGCCGCAGAGGCGGCAUGCAGCAAGUGCAGCAGCAGAAGCAGCAGCUGCGGUGGCUCUGCGCGAAUGCAGCUGCAUCUGGGCGAGCUGCAGCAGCAGCAGAACUGCCGCUUGCAAAGGUGCUAUGGCAGCAGAGAUGCUUUCUGCGCCGCUCCUUCUCGUUGCAGCAACGAGGCAAGCACAGUAACGCCGCUCAGCAAGAAGAUCCACUUCCUGCUGCAGCAGCGGCAGAAGCAGUCCCAGCAGCAGCUGCUGCUCAGCCGUCUCAGCCCUCUGAACUCAGUGCUGGAGUCCACGAGGCCCCAGAGCUGCCUCCCCAGUACCGUGCAGGCUUUGCUGCACAGCCGCCUCCACCACCGCCGCCUCCGACUCGCCGCUGGCGCACGUGGAUGAAAGUAUUGGUGUUUGUGGUGAUAUCGGUUUCCCCCGUCGUUGCUGCCGUUCUUUUGUUCAAGUCUCUGUUGGUGCAAAGGCAGGAGCAGCAAACGGAAGCAGCUCGUGCUGCAGCAGAGGAAGACGCAGCGCUAAAAACGGCUCAGCAGAUUGUCGCCAACUCCCUGUCAUGCAUCUGCAUAGCAGGAGGCGCAAAAGAUAAUCGCAUUGUCUCAACAAGCGUGGACCCGCACCUGCCUGAGAGUAGGGUGCUGCGUCUUCCGACGAAGAAUUUAGUCAAAGGCAUGGAGAAUAAUUCCUUGACAUAUCUAGUGGCGGGUGAACGCAGUUCCUUCAGUCUACCCUUCAACUUCAUUCAUUUUGCCGUUAGUGCCUCCAGCGAUCUCUUCGAGCAAUUCAAGGCUGGAAAUCCCCUUUCCCUGCUCUACGUUGAUACGUCUACGGGAGACAGUGUGCUCUUGACAGGCGUCGCUGCGGUGGUUGAUUUGGAUCCGUACAGGACGCACUACUGGCGAAGCUCAUGGUCAUCCUCAAUACCAGGGGGUCGGACAAGCGCGGACUACAAACUUGUCAAGUUUGUGCCCAACUCAAUAGCCAUAGAUUUGGGGCUGAGGGGCCCCGCAAAGUGGCGGCCUAUCCGUCUAUCUCGCUUGAUAACACAGGAAAACAUACAAUGGAAGCUAGACAACGCCCCUCCUGCCCUCAUAUCCUAG